UGCAAUGCAAAAUCAGUGGAAUGGGUUUUAAAGCUUUUACAAGGAAAUCAGUAGUGAUUAUACAGCUGUCUUAGAUCGGAUGAAAUUUCACACGAUUCUCGUGAUGCUAUUUUUUUUUAUUGAAUAUUCGCGUGGCUGGAGCGUUAUCAGCUCUUCGCUCUUAAUUUUAGUUUACUUUCGUACGGCUAAGUGAAUUUUACGAGUGCUCCAAUAUCAGUGGACAUAUAUAUGUAUGUAUAGGUAUAGUGCAACACGGGAGGCGCUGAGCUCGGGUAAACAAAAAAUGGCCGUCAGAAAUACAAGUCCAGGCCAUAUCAAUACGAUCGAUUGAAUGUUUUGGAGAAUAACUUUUUAGCGAGCCAAUCGGGGCUUAGGAUACGUGAUAAUUGAUUUGUCGUGCUAUCCGGGUGACUAGAAUCUUUCGCUCCAAAUAUUUUGCUAACUUUCAAUAAUGCCCCUAUUAAAUUUUCAUGUGUCUACAAGACCUACUAUAAGUCAUAAAAUCAGUGAAAAACUCUAAAAAUGGUUUCUAAUGACUUUGAUCAGGAGCAAUUUGAAAGGCGUCUCCAGUCUUUGAAAGAUUCUCAAGAAUCUAUUCAAAGUCUUUCAGCAUGGUGCUUGGAAAGAAGGCAGCACCACAAAAAAAUAGUCGCCACUUGGCUGCAAGUUUUAAAGAAAGUCAAAGUGGAGCACAGGUUGACCCUUUUUUAUCUGGCUAAUGAUGUUAUUCAGUACUCAAAGCGGAAAAACUUUGAGUUUGUGGAAUCGUGGGGAACAACACUGCAACGGGCCACAACAAUGGUCCGGGAUGAAAAAGUGAAACAUCGGAUUUUAAGGAUUUUUAAAAUUUGGGAUCAAAGACAAGUUUACGAUGAAGAGUUUCUUGCCGAUUUGUCGGGGCUCAUUUCAGCAGCCCCGAAAAAGAAAGCGGAACCUCAACCUAUUCAACAGCCUGAAGAAUUUCAAGCUGCCCUUCUUAUAUCUACAAUGAGAUCAUGUGCCACGCUUGAAACUGCUACUGAUGCAAGACUAAGGGAUUUAAGAGAUAGCAAUGUAGAUAUUGACAAUGCUGAAGAAUUAUGCGCUUCUCUGAAGGAUCGAAGAAGAGUAGAAGAUGCUGAAAAAGAAGUUGAUCAGGCAGCAAGAAACAUUGAGAAUUAUGUCAGAGCUCUUGAAGCUGAGAUUCGAGAGAGAAAACAAGUUCUUGAUCUACUUGAACAAGCUGAUCAGUUUUAUGAGACACAGAGGGGAGAAGUAAAAAUCGUUGUAAAUGCUUAUAAAAAUUUUGGGAGUAGAGUUAAAAAUUUAAAGAAAAAGUUGGAUGAACUGGUGCCUUUAUUGGCAUCACCUAUUCCAUCACCAGAUAUAAAUGCCCCAUCACCUAGUCCUGACAGUGACAUUGAGCUUCCAGAAGAGAGUCAAAUUGAUCAGUCUUCUUUGAUAAAUGUUGCUCCUCCAUCUAUGUAUGGGUCCUAUGGGCAAGAUUAUAAUCCUGUGACCGCUCCAGUUAAUAAUACAACCGCAGAUUUUACAAAUAAUUUUCAGUCAUUCAUGGGAGGAAAUUUGGACUUCGAUACUAGAAAUAUAUUUAAUGAGGGUUCAGUGGCAUCUGGCAAUAGUCAACAGUAUGACUCUAUUGAGAAUAAGUCAAUCGAAGUUAUUGAUGUACAUCCUGCUGAAGUUAAUAAUGAUGAACCAGUUUCAAGUUUUUUGAAAACCGUACUACCAUCAUCAGAUGCAACUUCUGAUUCAUGUGGUAUUCCAGGUCUCGGUUUAGAUGCUACAGAUGGCAUGCCUGAACCUAUACCGUGCAAUGACUACAGACCCUCUAUCAUUGGUCAAAUGCCAUCGACACCAGUGAUGAGCAGGCUUAUGGGCGGUCCGCUCACACCUAUGGGAAAUGUGAACAACAUUCAUUUAGGUCACAGUACGCCAUUACAUAAUAGAAGCUUGAAUGGAGAAUCUCAUACUCCUUCGCCGUAUUCCAGUGAAAAUAGCCAGAAUCCUUCUACAACUGUUAAUUCGUUUGAAGGAGCUGCGAGUAAUGUGAACCCUCUUCAGCCACCACCUAUGCCACCUAUAGAGUUUUUAGAUGACAAUAAUUGUUACAAUAAACUACCUCCUAAAUUCCCUACGUGGACGUUUGCCAAUGAUACACCAAAGGAACCUCCCAAAUGGGAAGAAAAAGUCGUAUUUCCGGUUCACAAUGAUACUAAUCCGAUUUGGCCAGUGAAUGAUUUAAAAAUGAAAAAUUCAUGGAAUGAGACAAGUAAUGAACAAUGGGAUAUGCCUAACGAGCCAUCUUGGUCCGAAAACUCUAGAACAAAAGAUGAAAUCCUCUCUGAAACGCCAGAAUCUCCACCUAUGUAUGAAAAGACAGCAUUUAAUGAACCAGUGGAAUACAAUGAUUCUCAGUCAAACGAGCCAAUUUUAAGUAGUGUUGGUGAUGUAGACCACAGGGUUUUACCGAUGCCAAUGUCAAUGGACAAACAAUUACCUCAUCGGCUUAUGAAAGGUGCUGAUGUGGAUCAUCGUAAUCUUAUUAGUCUUACGGGAAGUCCAGCCAAUAAUAGUAAUGAUGGUCUGCCCGGACCUCUUUCAAAUAAUAAUCUAUGGACCAAUACGGAUCAAGAUUAUCGAAGGCCUGUUCAAAUUGGCGAUAUUGUCGAAAGCGUCGAUAUGGAAAUGUCCGAUGAGGAAGGCGAAGGUAAGAAGGGUAAUCGUGUACUAGUGGAUCUACGAUCUCAGGAUCGUGAUAUGCGAGUGCCUAACAUGCCUCCUGGGCCGCCACCUGGCCCUCCACACCAUCACGGAGGCGGUGACAUGGACAUGCGCUUAAUGUCUGGUCCUGGAGGUCCUGGGGGUCCCGGAGGUCCUGGAGGUCCUGGAGGACCUGGAGUUCCCGGAGGUCCUGGAGGUCCCGGAGGUCUCGGAGGUCCUGGAGGUCCUGGAGGUCCUGGAGGAAUGAAUCCAAUGCACAACUCGCCAAGAAGCGGACCCAAUCUUGGACCAGGCCCGGGGAUGGGACCAGGACCCAGACCAGGAUUAGGAGCCGGGUUAGGACCAGGGCCAACAUUGGGUCCAGGACCAGCACUAGGACAAGGGCCAGGACCAGAAAUGCGAGGAGUAGAUGUUAGGCCGCCACCGCCUCCCCCUCCGCCAAUGCCUUUUCAUCAAGGACAAUCCAAUUUUCCACCAAAUCAGCCUGAUUUUCGCCACAAUAAAUCAAUGGAUUUCCGGCCUAACCAAAAUUUCCAUCAAAAUCAGUCCGACUUCAGGCCAAAUCAGAGUUUUCCGCCAAAUCAAUCUAUGCAGGACUUUCAUCAAGGUCCACCGGAAUUUGAAUUCUUUGAUGGACCACUUGGAAGGGGCUCGUCAAUGCAAAGAGGUGGUAUGGUUAGCGGGAGAGGCAGCAUAGGCCCAGGAAUGGGAGGAGGAAAUGGCGGAGGUGUCGGUGGAACUCCGUUCCGAGGAGGCGGGGGACCGAGACCACCUUGGAUGGAUAGAGGCGGACCAGGACCAAGGCCGAUGACAAUUAGCGGCUUUCCUCCGUCUGCGCGGCGUGGUGGUCCGUUCGGUGGUCGUGGGACGUCUGGCUUUCGUGGCAGGGGCCGAGGAGGUGGUGGUGGGGGCUGGUAGAAGUGGGUUCGACCUCGAUAAGUCGAGCAUAAAAAUAAGGAAUCGCGCAGAAUCGUAGACUCGCGGCCACCGAACGACAGAUCUCUAGCCGUAUUCUUGUAUAUAUUUUUGUUAAUCGGUAUUUAUCCCUGCUGUGUACACAAUCUCCCUCUUGUUUACUAUGCACAUAUAUAUAUAUAUAUAUAUAUAUAUAUAUAUAUAUAUAUAUAUAUAUAUAUAUAUAUAUAUCAGGGCUAAAGAACAUUGCAGCGUAUGCGGAGUCAGUAUGAAGUGAAGUGAUGUGCCAAGUAUGACUUGGCCGUUCUUGGACUUCCCUAACUCCACGACUUUUGUAAACUACGUCUCGAUUUGAUAGUUUAAGACGAGGCUGCUUCAACUUUGCGCGCUUUUGCCUUUUUCCCUUGAUAUGGUCCAUCUCGUUGGGAAAAGUUGUAUCAUUGAGCGUUUAGUAAAUGAACUUUAAGUUUUAUAGUAUACGCGAUAUCGAAGAUUUUCAUCCAGAAUCUUAUUAUUCUUCAAACAGAAGUUUAUUUAACAGUUUUUACUAUGCGUUUAAUACAAGUGUUACGAUCUUUUUCAACGAGAAAAAGUCACACAAAUAAAAUUAGGCAUAACUUUUACUUUGUUUAUUUUGAUCCCAUCGAGAAUAACGCGUCUAGUAAAGAAUGUAAAUAGGUAUUACCUUGACUUCCUGGUUGUAAUUUCCAUUCGAACAUUCACUCGUGAAGUUCCUUGUAAGAAUGUACACGUGUAAAAUCAUCAUUUUUAUUCGUACAAAUGUUAUUAAUAUAAACAUAGGCGCAAUUAUGCAAAGUAUGUAAGUUUCACAUUAUUAUUUAAGAAUGUCAAAUGAAAGAUAACGAAACAUUAAAAUUUACUUAAUGUUUGCGGCACUCUUGAGGAUAACAAAAACUACAGCGUUUUGUAAAUAAAGAAUGUAGGCGAGAAACGCGAAGCUCUUUGAAUCUAGACUAUAAUUCAGAUAUUGUUAUAAAAACAAAGUGGUUCAAAGUGCUUGUACCAAAAUUGAUCGCCUCAUUAAAGUAGUCAUUAGACCUAUCAGUGCACUCAUUAUUGAGUGUAUGUUGUUUCUGCGAAAAUAGAAAUGUCGCAGUUAUUUUGAAUUACUGAACAAUGUAUUAAUAAAAUACAAUGCUUUUGUUCUGAUUCGCGUUUGUGCAUUUCUUCCUAGUUGACUCGAAAUGCAUUAAUAUAAGGUUUUUAUUAACUUAAAACGUGAUCCUUUAAAAUGCAGUAGAAGUAUAAAAUGUGUAUAACUUAACUUUUAAGUCGAUCAAAUAACGGGCACAGCAUUGUUAAUACUUUUUGUCUGCUCUAAUAGUAAAGAUAUAUAUAUAUAAAAGUCCUACUGAGUUCAUACUUAAAAAUGAUAGCUAACGUCGUAGCUUGCAAAAAUUACAAAUUCUAAAAUGUAAUACAUUUUUAUAUUUGUAUUGUAUUUUGAAGUCUACAUUAGAAUAUCAGAAGAUCAAAAUCAGUAGGAAGAGUGUCGGUUGUACAAAAUGUUCUACGUUUCCUGCUAUACUUUCAUGUUUACACAUCACAAAUGAUAUGGUUUUUCUGUAUAAAACGAAAGGAAUCCCAACUGCUUGACGUGAUUUCAUCAAUAAAAUAUUGACUCCUACUGAGUUCCUUAUCAGCAUCCAACAAUUAUAGUUACCUCGCACUUUCAAUAAGAUAUUCAUUUUUGAGCGGUACAAUUUCGAGUAUGCAUUGCCAAGAUUUAGAGCGAAUUAAUGCAUAAUGAUGUAAAUCUGAAGGUGCGAGGUACAUUGAGUUUUCUUAAAUGUAAUUUGUAUAUUAUUCUUUUUAUGUUCUUUCGUUUUAUUUUAUCGAAUAAUGCUAUUAAUGCGGUGUUUUCGGUAUAGUCUGUGAUAAACGCAAUUCAUUUCGUACGUGAAAACAAAAUUUAGUAGAAUUUUAGUUAAGAUAUAGUUGAGUCCAAGGAAAAAUUGCUUUUAGAAAAGUGAAAAAGAGAAAUUGCUUGCGUUUAUUUUAUUUAAAAACAUUGCCAUUUUUUUAACAAUUUGGCCGCAUUUUGUUACUUUUUAUGAUUUAUAUAUUCUUGGCUGUCUUAAUUACGGAAGUGUUCUAAUACGUCGAUUAUUAGAUAAUUUCAAAAUAUUUUAUAUUUACUGAAAAAAGCUAUUUUAUUUGUUUAAAAAACAUCUAAUUUUUCAAAAGUUAAAUACUUUGGUUGCAAUAAAUAGAUGGAUUUUUAGUAUAUAUUUAUUUAUACGUCCGGUAAUUUUCAAACGUACAAAUAAAUCAAAUUUAGACCUUUUAAAAUAACGGAAAUUGUAUAAUUGUGCAACGAAGAAGAGACAAAUUGAGCCAAAGGGUUACAAAAUAUAAAAUAUGUAUUACGCAAAUUAUAUACUCAGUUCGGUCACAUAUAUAAUUCAUAGUAGUAUAUCUUUUAACCAUGGUCUUUUUAAAUCUUGUUGAAUCUAUAUGUACAAACGUAAGCGUUUCUUUCGUGGCAUUAUUCCAAAAUGUAAAUAAAAUUAUUUCAUAUAAAAUAUAAUCAACAAAUAUAUUAUUAACGAUUUUACCUAAUUUUGUAACGAUUACAAAUUUUUAAUUUGUAAGCAAUCUUAAUUCCCUGAGAAAUAGUAUACAAUUUCUUUUUAAUCCAAUUAGUUUUGAUCAUGGGCAAUUAGCAAUCAUAUUCAUUCACACGUAAUUGCACGUUUUCUUUGAGUGAAGUUUUAUGAUUUAUAGAUUUAGUGUAAAUAAAUUAUGCUACAAAAUCCAAUCACUAAAAAGUUAAACAAAAAAAAAAUAAUGAAAAUUGCAGAGCUAAUAAAAAAAGCAUUUCGUUCGCAAUUUUCCAGAAAGUGGAAAUGGAUAAAUAAUGAAAAUUUUCAAUUCGUCAAAAAGAAAUCUUGCGUAAAUGCAUAAUUGAAAUUGAUUUGUGACCUACUGGUACAUACAUAACUUUUCUAAGAGUGACGCACCUCGGACUCAUUUAUUUAAAGCACGAAAUUCACGUCGAUUUGAAUUCGCAUUUUGUAGUUUGUAAGGCGAAAACAACCGUAAUCCUUGAUUUUGUAAAUACAGAGACUGUAAUAUAUACUUCUAUGUUAAUGCACAUUUCAUUUUCGCACGUUUUAAUCGGGAAUAAAAUUUGCGUACGUAAAAAUCUUGCUGAUUUUUUUUAAUGACCUGAUGGAAGGAUAAUUAGUUUGAACAAUUUACAUGACAGAAAGCUAUCGAGUCUCGCUAUGAAUCGCAUUAAAAGUAUAAAAUUAAAAAUUGUGCAAGCUCGAAUUAUCUUUUCGAUCGGAGCGGACUUAUAAAUAUUUAUAUACAUGUACAUAUAAAUAUAGAUCGAAUGAAAGUCUAUGUGGUUGCAUACUGUGUAUGCCGGACGAUUUUUUUUACAAAGCUGAAUAAAAUCUUUAUUAUACACGA